AUGCGCACUGGGCUUACUUUCUCCAUUGAUCACCUUUUCAAUCUCCCUUGCUAUGUAACCGUUUCUAUUUCGAUAUCUCCCAACUCCUGCUUCGUGCGAGUCACUUUCUACAGUUCGGUCCUUACCGCUGAAAUUCUAUCUCGCGUUAUAUAUUCUCUGUUUCUUUCCUUCUUUUUCCCUAUCCCUUUAUUUCUUAACCGCUUUUCUUUCUAUUGUUCUUCUUUUCUCUCUUUUUCCUUUCUUCCUUUUUCUCUUCCUUUUUUUUUACUCUUUUCUUCUCUCUUUCUUUCUCUUUUUUUUCCAUCUUCUUACUUUUUCUCUUCUUCCGUUCUCUUUUCCCCUCUCUUCUUUUUUUCUUUCUCUCAUCUUUUUUCUCUUCUUCCUUUCUCUUUUCUCUUCUCGUUUUUCUUCUCUAACCCUUUUUCAAUUCAUUUUCUCUUCUUCCUUUUUCUCUUUUUCUUCUACCUUCUUCUUUUUCUCCUCUCUUCUAUCUUUCUUCUUCCUUUCUUUUUUCUUCUCUCUUCUUUCUUUCUUUCUUUCUUUCUUUCUUUCUUUCUUUCUUUCUUUCUACCCAUUUUCAUCUUUCACUUAUUCUUUGUUGCAGGUUUAUUAUUGGGAGAUACGUGCAUAAAUAUCUACGUGCCUCCUCCUUCUGUGUCUUUGUCUGUCUCUCUUUCUCUCUCUCUCUCUCUCUCUCUCUCUCGUGCACGCGUAAAUAUCUAUCUAUCUAUCUAUCUAUCUAUCUAUCUAUCUAUCUAUCUAUAA